AUGAAAAUUGUCUGUAGCAUUCUGUUUCUAUUUGCUUUGUCAGUGAAAGCUGAUUUUCAAGUCAAACCGAUGCAUAUUUGUACACUUGAUGGAAGUCUUUGCGGAUGGAUGAAUGAUAUGAACACUUGGAAACAUCAGUGGAAGUUGGUUACAAAUAAACAAUCAAUCAGUAGUAAUGAACAACUAUCGACAAGUAUGCUUUGCAUGAAUGCAAAUGAAGCAACUCCUGACGAUUGGUUUAACAGCUUUUCACCGUCAGAUUUACGUAGUCUUUCAAAUCCAAAGAUGAAUAAACCGGUUCAGACCAGAUUAUGGAGUCCACCAAUACAGGCAAAACACAAAUUACACUGCCUCACUUUUAUGUAUCACGUCGAUAUAGGAGUAAAACAAGCGUUAUUAAACAACCAGAGAGAUGAGAAACCAUCAUUAGCCAUGCUACGUCGUCAAGAAGGCUCAAUAUUUCUUUCUUACUUUCUGUAUUCAGCAAAUGCAAAAUUGAAUUUGGAUAAAUUAAUUUGUUAUGGUGAAUCUGAUUAUCACAAAGGAUACUGCAGCUGGAUUGUAGAUCAAAACGAUUGGGGUAGAUUUAAAUGGCGUAUGGAUAAAUUACCGUCAAUGAAUAAUAAUCAAGUUGUUUCACAACAAGCUAUGUGUUUGCAUAGAUCUGCUAGUCUUAAGACACCUGAAACGUUAACUUCUCGUUUAUGGAGUCCAUCCAUCGGCAUUUUAGAUGAAUCUUCAUCGGAGAACGAUGUAGAUACUUCCAUGAAUCUCACAGUUGAUUUACAACCGCGUUGUGUUUCUUUUUCAUUUCGUUUCUUUUACCCUCAUAUUGUUGCGUUCAGUCCAUUAUCGGAGGAAGUUCGGAGAGUGCCAAAUCUUUCUGUUUUAAAACGUCAAAGAUGGUGA